AUGUACAAUGACCAACAGGGAAAUUUUCUGACAGACAAAACAACGGUGACUGUCAGGUGGAAGGAGCAUUUCGAGGUUUUGUUGAAUGACGGAAGUGAAAGUAUAUCUAGGAACAGAACAAGCAUUGAAAAUGACGGACAAGCUGUGGAUCCACCAACACUAGAUGAGGUUAAGAACACUAUACGUGACCUGAAAACCGGUAAAGCUGCUGGGAAGGACGAGAUCCCGGUUGCAAUUCUCAAACAAGGUGGUGAGCAGCUGCACCAAAUAAUCCACCGGAUUAUUCGAAUAAUAUUGGCGGACGAAGAAUUGCCUGCUAGUUGGCUGGAUGGACCCAUUUUCCCAUUCGACCAGAAAGGGCACAAACUGGAGUGCGCUAAUUACAGGUGGAUAUUUCUCCUGAACUCGCCGUACAAAAUACUGUCGCGUAUCCUAUCUAGCAGGCUGAGACCGCUUGAGGGAACCAGGCUGAUUUUCGUUAAGGCCGAUCAACGACGGAUCAGAUGUUCAGCCUGCGGAUGA